ACUCACCCAGUAUCACGUCCAAUAGCGGGUAGAGCGCACAUGCGCUCUUGUCACUCGCCACCAACAAGUCGUACAAAAAUGAAAAUGGCCGCCGAAGUGAGGUGGCUGGUGUUAUUUAUCGGUUUAUCGUUGUUUUUGUUGGCAAAUGCCGAAGAUGUGCAUAAAAAAUUUGAGUACAAAUAUUCGUUUAAGCCGCCCUAUCUCGCCCAGAAGGACGGAAGUGUACCUUUCUGGGAGUAUGGAGGAAAUGCUAUUGCCAGCUCGGAGAACGUCAGGGUUGCACCGUCGUUGAGGAGUCAGAAAGGUGCAAUAUGGACGAAGAAGACGACCGACUUCGACUGGUGGGUGGUAGACCUAGUGUUUCGGGUAACGGGUAGAGGAAGAAUUGGUGCUGAUGGUCUUGCAUUCUGGUACACAGCUGAUAAGGGACACUACAAUGGCACUGUCUUCGGUUCUUCAGACAUGUGGAACGGACUGGGGCUCUUCUUCGAUUCCUUCGAUAAUGAUAAUAAGCACAAUAAUCCGUAUAUCAUGGCUGUGUUGAAUAAUGGGGAAAUGAUUUUCGAUCAUACUAACGAUGGAAGUACACAAUUGCUCUCUGGAUGUCUACGAGACUUCCGUAAUAAGCCAUUCCCCACGAGAGCUAGGAUUGAAUACUAUAAAAAUACGUUAACAGUUUUGUUCCACAAUGGAAUGACGAACAACAACGACGACUACGAGAUGUGUUUGCGUGCUGACAACGUCCACCUGCCCAAGCGUGGGUACUUCGGUGUGUCAGCAGCUACUGGAGGUCUAGCUGAUGAUCACGAUGUCCUUCAGUUCCUUACGACGUCGUUGCAUCCACCCGGGGAGAUGGCGACAGGUGGCCGUCAAGUCUCCACCGAGGAAGAGGCAAAACUCAGUAAAGAGUAUCAGGAGUACCAGGAGAAACUGGAGCAGCAGAAGAAGGAGUACAAAAAAGAGCACCCAGACGACCACAAACUGGACCUGGACGACUGGUUCGAGACCGACAAUCAGCGAGAGCUCCGCCAGAUCUUUGGAGGUCAGUCCCAGAUGUUCGAGAUCCUUCGAGAGCUGAACAGGAAGCUCGAUGAAGUGGUGGGUCGCCAGGAGCGCACGCUCUCCCUCAUCUCUCAGGUUCAACUGGGAGGUGUCCAGGUGCCAGGGGCUCAACCAGGUGCUCCUCCCCAGCUCAUCGACACAAUUCGUCGUCAGGAGGUGGACGCAGUCCUCAGCAAUCAGAAUAUCAUUAUGAACACAGCUCGGGAGAUCAAAUCCUUCGUCGGGGAAGUCAACUCCAAGGCAGAGUCCAUUCUCACUAAUCAGGCGAGACAACCAACGGCUCAGGUUCAGCCCAUUGGCUACGACUAUCAGUCGCUGGUCUCAGAGAUGAGGGAUGGACUCAAUCAGAUCAAGAGGGACGUCACGCAGACGUACGCCAAAGUCACGGGGACAGCUCCUGGGGGAUGUCCCAAUGCCAAUUGUCUGUCUACUACCAUGUUCUUGGCGUUCUUGGUCAUUCAGAUGGUUAUUCUGCUGGGGUACAGCAUCUAUAAGGAUAAUAAGGAGGCACAAGCCAAGAAGUUUUAUUAGGGGAGAGGGAAAUGAACUGUGGGGAUGUGGUACUAUGGAAUUUCGGAGAGGUUUUGAGGGGAGUCUCUUUUUUUGGAUCUUGGGGAUGUCUGGGGGAGGUACGGAAUUUUGGGGGAUUUACAGAGCUUGAAAAAAGGGGAUGAGGAAUUUUUUUUGUAGCUGGUGGAGGUGGAGAUGUUCAGGCGAAAUUGGUUGGAGAAGGGGAAUGCAGAUUUUGGAGAUAUUUUGGAAUCUAGGGGAUGGAGAGAUGUUUUACGGGGGAAUUUCAAGAGCUGGAAGAAAGGUAGAGGACUUUUUUCUAUCUCCUUUCGAUUCUAAAAUAUUUAAUAAUAUUUUUGAGAAAUGAAAUUGAGCUGUUUUGUUGAAACAAAAUUAGGGUUUAGUUUCUGCUUUGGAUCUUGGGGGUGUCUAGGGGAGGUAGGGAAUUUUGGAAAAAUUGUGAGAAUAAAUUUUUUUGGGAAAUUUCAAGAGUUAUAAAAAAGAAUUACAAUUAAAGAAUUUUCGUAUCUCCUUCAGAUUUCCACAUAUCUAGCAAAAACAGAUCGAUGGGAAAGUUAGCUGGAAUGAAAUUUGACUACUGAACCACAUGUUCAUUUCGUGGGGUAAAAAAUGAAAUUGUGGUCGCAGGGACUUAUUUAAUGUUCGAAUUUUAUCCAAAUGAAUUCAAAUGGGAAAGAGUUGAGUGGUUCAAUGAUGAAAACUGAUGAGUCCAAAAGGUUUUUUUUGUCAGUUACUUUACUCGAUUUUUUUUUUGUAAAUGUAAUUAUUUGGGAGAUAAUCGAAAAAUUUGACACCUGAUAUUUUUGGGCUCAUUGAUUUUCGUCAACUUCCCACACAAUUGAUGUUUAAUAUUUUCAGAAUAGGUUUCGUCCUUUACUCCCUCGCAUUUUCUACACUAUUUUUUUUGUAAUUAUCGUAGUUGUGAGAAUUUUGUAAAAAUGAGAAAUAUAAAAAAGACAAUUUGAGGAUUUUUUCCUCGUGAAUGAAUUCAUCUUUUUGUGAGAGAAUCAUGUUUUGUUGAAUAAAAAUGGAAAAUCAAUGUUGUCGAAGUUCUUUUUUAUAUUAUUAAGACAUUUUCACAAAACAAUCAUUUUUUUUUUUUGGCGAAUAAACAAUUUUACAUGGAUCGUUGAUAUUUGAUAGAAAAAACUUGGCUACUCAAUCGAUAAUAAUGGAUUAUUUGUAAGUAGAAUCAUGCCCUUAACAAAAUGUUAUUCUUGUUUUUUUCGAAUUUUUUCAUGAGAAGGCAGUGUUUGAAUGCGCACAUUUGGAUUUUUUUCUGUUUUUGGGGAAGAUCUGGACAUUUUUGUAAAGAGACCUAAUACUCUUCUGUUGUAAUUACCAUCGGAUGAAUUAUCUUUUCCGUGUUUAUCGUUUAGAAUUUUUCAUUCGUGAUUGUACGUGAGUGUUUAAAUCGUUGUGAAUGUGAAAUUGCAAUUUAUGAGAAUUGUAACGAAUAUUCCAUACGGCAUAACAAAUGUCAUUGCAUUUGUAAGAGUUUAUUAAAGAUUGUAAAUGUAUAAGAUAAGGAAAUAAAGUACGAUCAAAAAAUU